UAUCUGGCUCCGUACAUAACGCUUUCAACCAAGACUUUACAAUAACUAAAAGCUUACGAUCGCAUCGCACUAAAACGUGUUCUAAAAUUUGGCCUGCGAUGUUGUGAUUGCUUGGAGGCUCAUGACGUUUUACGUUGGUAUUGGUGUUUGGGUAAUGGAUUUAAAAAAAAGUUUGGAACGCUGAUUGGUCAGAAACAACACAUACGGAGUUUUGCAUCCGUCAACAACCAGUUGAUGUUUUUUUCAAUCAAGCUACAGCACUGAAACGACCUAAACAUUGUUCUCUCGGCUAUGGAGGCGAGAUGUGCUGUUGUUGAGACUUGGGCUGAGUUCGGAUGUCCUUCGCCGGGUACAGCUGCUAAAGUGAUCUGGUCUGGGGAAGAUGUGUUGAUUUGCACUGGGGGCGACGAGGUGUCGGUCUUCAACACACAAGAGCUGAAACUGACGGCUGUUCUUCAGUUCCUGAGUCCAGUGUGUCACAUGGUGCUGAGUGAGGACAAGCAGUCUGUCUAUGCUGUCUGUGAGAGUGAUGGGGUGUACUGUGUCAGUCUACCAACUCUGCACCCUAAGUCUCCCACUCCCCCAGCUGACCAAUCCCCUGGCCCUGCUCUGAUCAAGGUGUCGUCUAAUUCGCUGGCAGCCAGAGACGAGGGGGUGUGUUCUCUGAUUGAGGUGGGAGGGUCCGGUGGGACCUUGGUGACCGUCUCCCUGAGAGACGCAGCCUGGUGGUUUACUCUCUAUAAAGCAGCUGACCACCAGAAACUGACUCAGUUUAGUCUACCUGUCGUUUCAGUUGGUCCCGCAGGACUGGUCAUGAGACCUGUGUUAGCGUGCGUUUACAGCAGUGAUGCACCACUCUUAUCAUCUUCAUCAUCCUCAACAACAACAAAACUACCACCUUUGUCAUCAUCAUUAGGCGUCAAACAUUUUCUCCUGGAGCCUCUCCUCUUCAAGCUCCUCUUCGGCGUCGAUGCUGCCCUCAUCAACUCCCCCAUGAUCCUUUGCGGCCUGCCUGAUGGGCGUCUCUGCUCCCUCCCCUUACUUCUCCCAGGACGAUCAGGCCCCUGCGUUAGAGUUCUACACAGCAUGGAGCAGCCAAUCAUGUUUAUCGGAACCACGACCGGGACAAAUUAUGGUCCACAGUGUUUGGUGGCAGUAGGCCAAUGGGGGAGGGUGGUGCUGGUCAGAACCUGUGAAGGGGGGCCGGAGGAGGGGGGCAAGGUACCAGCAUUAACAGAGGGGUGUGUGUCGGGGCCUGUGGUGUGUGUGUGUGCAGGCAGGGAGGGCCUGUACUACAGCACAGGGUCAGAUCUUCUAGCCCUGGAUCUCCCAGGGGUGCGAGAGGAAGCUCCAAAGCCAGAAGAGAGCCUGGUGGUCGGCCACGGGGAGAGGCAAGGCCAGGGACAGGCCAUGGUGAAAGCAAGGGAGUCUGCUACCCUACAGAGUCCUGUCAGCCUUAAUGUCUGCAGGGUCAUUGCCCUGGCUGGGCCCUCACACAAUGCCUCAGAUCAUGUUUGUGUGUGUGUUACAGGCAUAGUGCAGUUGGUGGCUUUGUCUCUCCGGGGGAGGCUCCAGCGUUUAACCCUGCCUAAGGGGACAGAGACAGGGGGCAUACCCAGGCUCCCCUUAUCACAGGUGGGACAGAGAGUGAGGGACCUCCUUGCAGCCAUUGGAGAUGUGUGUGAGAGAGCAUCUGUGUUGAAAAGCACCAUACAGUCCAAAAACCACUCCCUCAGACACCUGAAUCAGGUGCUCAAUGUCUGCUGCCUACUGCUAGCAAAUCAGAACAGUGGAGAGCAGCUCCUGGUCAGCAAGAAGCCAAUCAGGUGUCACGUUGUUGCCAAGUGGAGCCGCCUGCUACAGAGAGACUCCCUGAAUCUGACCUGUGUUCUGGCCAAUUCUAGUCCUUACAUUCUAGAACGGAACUGGACGUUCUGUGUGAGAGUUCUACCAUUAUCCUACCCUCUUCCUGCAGGGGGGGUGAACACCUCUCAAACAUUCUCAUUCCCAUUCCAGAAACUAGAACCGGGUGGGAGAAUGGAAGUGUCGUUGCCCCUAACAGUGGCGGGGGACACAUCUUUCCCUGUGACGGUUAGCUGCUCGCUCACCUACUCCCUGCAAAGCCUGCUGGGGUCUGAGGAGCUGUCCCGCCUCCUGGCUAAUGGGGAGCUGGCAUCUCGUCUGGGAUUGGAGGGUGGAUGGGUCAGUCUGCCCCUUGACACGCUGACAGUGGAUUGGCUGGAUGCUCUGCAGGUGACCGGGACCACGCCCCCUCACAGGGACCCAAACAGACCCCCCAUUUCCCCAGAUACCACCUCGAUGGAUAUCGUUGAGGCCUUCGUGAGCACCCAUCGGAGCAGGGGUUCUGGGAGGGGGGAUGGAGAAGGAGGAGGAGAGAGGAUGGUGGCGUCUGAUGGGGGGCUGUUUUCAGCAAGCAUCAAGGUCUCAACAGAGCUACUGAGAGGGACACUAGGACUGGAGCCAGCAGGCUCUGCUGGCCCUUCUCAGGGUGUGUGUGGCUCUGUGCUGGGCUGGCUGCUGUCACAGGGGACAGGAGGAGAGGACUGGAGGGGCAGAGGGGACAAUGGAGGACAGGAAAGCUCUGUGGUCUACGCCCGGUGUCUAGGGCGACACACUGUCAAACUCACAGCCAAAGAGGUAACUGUAGGGGACACCAGUGUUAAGGAGGCUGUGGAGGUGCGAGUGCAGUGCUCCUCCAUGGCAGCCGUGUGUGGACUACACCAUGCAGUGUUAAGCCGUGUUCAGACUCUUCUCCAGGGUAAUGCUAGCACACAGGAGUCCUCUAUGGGAGUCCAGGGACUGGGCUUGAGACAGGCCCUACAGCGGGCACAGGUCCUAUCUGAGCAUCUCCAGGAGGCUCGUAUCCCAGAAGCCAUUGGACUGGGGAUGACCACGGGACAAACCACCAAGACACUGUUCAGCGUUUACAGGCAACUCCGAGAGAACCCCCUCCUCAUCCUCUGACACCGUUACCAUCCCACAUACGCUCCUCAUACACAACAUCCUCACACACAACAUCCUCAUCCACACAUUUACAAUCCUCUCCUCGUCUUCAUUCUCAGCCCCACACUCACCAUCCAAUACAUCUCCUGCAAAGGAGAAAUAAAUGACUGUUUGUCUCCCUCUGCUGUUUUAGUACACAAACAGCAUUUAUUUAUUUAUGUGAACGUUUGUAAAAUAGUACAUAGCAGGUGUGUGUGUGUGUGUGUGUGUGUGUGUGUGUGUGUGUGUGUGUGUGUGUGUGUGUGUGUGUGUGUGUGUGUGUGUGUGUGUGUGUGUGUGUGUGUGUGUGUGUGUGUGUGUGUGUGUGUGUGUGGAUUAAAAUGUACCUGUAAAGUUAGUUAAAACAACGGAUUUGAAGAGUCACUUCACUGACAACAUUAUCCACACACGAAACACAACUUUUACACAUCUCAGAGAUGAUUUUUAUUAUAGUUUUUCAAAACUUUUCAGAAAAAUUAAUAUUAGAAAAGGAUAAAACAAAAGACAAAUGAAGUAUGUAUCAUUGCCAAGUGACAGGCUGUAAAUCACUAGCACUAUACUCUUUCUAGGAUGGUCGUGUAGUUUUGUUACACCUGAUGUGUUACUGUUUCGAUUGUGGGGAAAAGCCUGUAAAAAUCUCAAACGACACCCAUUACACUCCUCUAUCCCAUAUAGAGGGCUCCUACUUAUCACCUGAAGCCAUUACUCUAUAUGUCUGUGUUUAGAAGUGGGCCUACUGCCCUACAUGGGGAAGAGGGUAACGUUUGAGAUGCAGCUGCCUGUCAUGCUUGUUAAUGUUACGAUGCUAAGGAAGCUGUCCGCUAAUGAUGACUCAGCUACGAUGAAUUGAUGACUUUCUGAGUUUAUUAUUACACACCUCUAUACACUGUCACUCGCUUAGAAAGUCAGAAUUGGCAAAACGACAGGGAAGAAUGGAAGGGAACAAUUUGUAAAACCAGAGAAUCAAGUGAGAGUGGGUUGGAAGAGAGUGUAAUAGACAAUUGGUUUAAGGCACAUUGGUUUUACACCAGAGUGUCUCUAUAGGUAUUUGUAGCAUUGUGUGUAUGUUCUGGAGUAUUUGUAGCUGCUGUAGUAAUAAUGUAUGCCAUUUAGCAGAUAUAUUUAUCCACAGGGACUUACAGUCAUGCAUAUAUUUUACAUAUGGGUGGUACCAGGAAUCAAACCCACUAUCCUGGCAUAGCAAACACUAAAGUGCCAUGCUCUACCAACUGAGCUACAGAUGACCAGUAGACACUUCCAAACUGAAAACCCAAGCCAUGUCAACUCCUCUAUAGCCUCAUUUAUACCUGGCACGAACAUGCGUCCUCUUUCCUGAUCUUUUCCACAUUCUGUUUGUGCCCACAUUUUCAGAAAUAUGUCUACACGUGGUAUUAAAAUGUUUCUCUUAUCCAUCUACUGUGACUACAUUUCCUGGUCCCUCCCUGUAUGCAAAUUAUUUGACAACUAUUCUUUUCAAAAUAAUAUUUAUUUCUUUAUUUUAAAGGGGCAAUCAGCAGUUGCUACAUCCAUUUUUGGACUUAUAAAUUAAGGAUAUGUACCCAUUGAUUCUUGAAGAACUCCUGAGUGGUGCAGUGGUCUAAGGCACUGCAUCUCAGUGCUAGAGGCAUCACUACAGACCCUGGUUAGAUUCCAAGCUGUAUCAUACCCGGCCGUGAUUGGGAGUCCCUUAGGGCGGCGCCCGGAGUCAUUAGGGUUUAGCCGGGGUAGGCCGUCAUUGUAAAUAAGAAUUUGUUCUUAUCUGACUUGGCUAACUAAAUAAAGGUGAAAUCAAAAGAAUGAACUUGUAAGUGUCUCAUGAGCUUAGUUUAACUAUCAGAACCCAAAAUAUAAGUCCUUGCAGCUAUAGCUCUGUUUAUGAAUUUGAGAGUGGUUACAUUUCUCCAGCCCCAUCCCUCAGCCUUUAACCAAAACGGGCGGGGAGUGUGCUUUGAUAUUGUUUCUACUGUUGAUUGCUGCUUAAAGAUACAUAUUGAUGCCAUAAGUCAAUAGUGCCAGCUGUCAGUGAUUUUAGAAGGCUGGAUAAUGAUGAUUUAAAUGGUUUCAUUGUCCAGAGCCCGGUUUCCCAAAAGCACCUUGAGGCCUAAGUUCAUUGUUAGAACCAUAGGAUCCUAUAAUUCUAAGUUGAACUUAGCCUUAAGAUGCUUUUGGGAGACCAGGCCCAAAUCUGUCUACACUUGUAAGAUAUCAGACCCACAAUGUGUCUUUUAAUGCAUCCGGUCUAUGCGAUUAAAAUACAAAUUUUAAUACCAUGUAUAGACAUAUUUCUGAAAAUGUAGG